AUGGCUCGGAGGCAGGACGAGCAGAGAGGGGGCGCGCCUUUAAUGGCGGAAGGCAAGCCGGGGGAGGAGGUUAGGCUUAUUCUGUACCACUGGACGCAUUCCUUCAGCUCUCAAAAGGCAGUGGACAUUGUCGUGCUCUUGUAUGAGGAGGAGGAAGAUGGCAGCGUGUUGUACAUGGGAUACUUGAUAGGUUGUUUUGGAAAGAGUGCCAGGAGUGAAAAAAAAACUCCCAGGUUAAUGCCUGAUAAAGGAAGCAUGUAUUACCCACGGGUACAACAUUACCGAGAGCUACUUGACUCCUUGCCAAUGGAUGCCUAUACACACGGCUGCAUUUUACAUCCUGAGCUAACUGUGGACUCCAUGAUCCCAGCUUAUGCUACAACAAGGAUUCGCAGCCAAAUAGGUAACACAGAAUCUGAACUGAAGAAACUUGCUGAAGAAAAUCCGGAUUUGCAGGAGGCCUACAUCGCGAAACAGAAGCGCCUUAACUCAAAGCUGCUCGACCAUGACAAUGUCAAAUAUUUGAAGAAAAUUCUUGAUGAAUUGGAGAAGGUUCUGGAUCAGGUUGAAACUGAGUUGCAAAGAAGAAACGAAGAAACCCCAGAAGAGGGCCGUCAGCCCUGGCUCUGUGGUGAAUCCUUCACCCUGGCAGACGUCUCGCUCGCUGUCGCACUGCAUCGACUGAAGUUCCUGGGCUUUGCGAGGAGAAACUGGGGAAAUGGAAAACGACCAAACCUGGAAACCUAUUACGAGCGUGUCUUGAAGAGA